AUGCUGGUCCGACUACUCGUCCUGCUCGCCCUCGUCGCCACAGCGCUUGGAUUCUUGGAGCACCGCUACAGGAACGGUUUCCGCCACUUUUACCAGGGCCAACCCGUCGAGCCGAGCUACCAGCAGUACUACGGUAGCGAUGGCGACGAGCUGGAGCGCGAGAUUCGGGCGGUUGCAGCAGUCGGCAACGGCCGUGAGCGCGUGUUCCCCUUCUACUCGGGCAUCGGCAAGGGAAGGAAA